UAAUCUACAAGUUUUUAAUUAUCUUCUAAUUAAAAUAUCUCUUUUGGUGAUGACUAAUCUUCAUCUACAAAUAUACCAUACUAUUUAAUAUCUAAAAAUGAAAUUUACUCUUCAUAUAAAUAUUUUUUAAAAGAAUAUAAAAUAUCAUUUGCUAUUUUCCAAUUAUUUAGAUAUAUUAAUAUAAAUUUACAUGAAUGUGAAAAGUCAUUUUUAUUUUUUUUUAAUUUACAAACUAAAAUUAUUUUAACAUAUUAUAUUAAUAUAAUAAUUUAGUUAUGCUAAUAUUAUAUAUAUAGUUAGUUUUUUUCUUUCUUUUUGGUGAAUAUUAUGACUUGUAAUUUAAUUAAAAUAUAAAUAUGUUUAAAAUAAUUAAGAGAUGUCAUUUAUCAUUGUUAAUAAGUUAUAUUAGUAGAAAUAUAAAAAAAUUACACUUUAAAAAAAAAAAAUUCAAUUCCAGUAAAAAAAUAAAUAUAUUAUACCAAAAAGUAAUGGUAAAAUAUCAUUUCACCAGUCAACAAAUAAUAAUUUGUGACAAACAAAGGGAUCAAUGUUAAAUAUAUGAGAUUCAUUAUAGGGAAAAAUCAUUUAACAGUUCAAGUCAAGAUAAUUCGCGAUUCAUAUCAAAUCAGCGUAUCAUUAACUAACAUAUCUGUUUUGAUUUGUGUCUAAAAAUAAUGGGAAAUGUCUUUAAUUAAUAUAUGAUACGAUUAACUCGUUCAUUAUUGGGAGAUACAGUCUGAUCAUUUUUCGUUGACUCAUUGUUAAGCUCCUUAAUUGAUAGAACAAUACAUGAUUUUAUAUAUAGUUCAUCAUUACGUAGACUGAGAAAAUAGUUUCAGAGUAUCGUUAGAAAGAUUAUCAAUCACCUUGUUAAGUAGAAAUUCACGAAAGUGAAAACCCAAAAUGAAAAACAGUUGUCCAAUUCUUGGUCCCCGAUGUGACUUUUGUGAUUGUGCUGGUAGGGCAUGCCAGUCUCACUUCCCAGGUAAUGUUCAUGUAUCUUUUAUAGUAUUUCUACUCAUGAUAAUCGAACAAUUGGUUUAACAUAUCAAUAUCACACCGUUGAUUUAAUUAGUAUUUGUGUUCCAAAUCGAGUCAGUUUCAUUUGGAGUACUAAGUUUACAAUUUUAGUAAAGAAAAGAAUGAUGACAGUAUUCAAUAACAGUAAUAGUGGUAAACUAUAAUUUGUAAACUUGUGAUCGUAACUUUUAUUUUAAUAGUAUCAAAUAUGAAACCAAAGUUAGUAUAAAAUAAUUUUCUACAAUUUUCCUUUCUUUUUCAUUUUAUUUUUAUUUAUCCAGUGUUAAUAAAAAAUGUAUUAUUGUUCUUUCACUUUUAUGUUGUAACUCAAUUUCAUUUUAGUAACAUUAUUUAACUUAUAAAUCUUAUAUGAAUUUCUGAGUGAGUAAAUUUUUAUUAGACUUGGUUAGAUCAUAUCAAUUUAUUUAGGCAAUGGUCCUGAUAAUUUAAUAUGACUUUUAAUAAAAAAAUAAACAUGAUGAUUAUGAAAGGUUUAAAACUGUAUAAAAAUCAUUUCUUAGUAUAAAUAUUGAAAAAUAACAAAUAAAAGUUGAUCGUUGAUCCAAAGGUAUAUUAUAAGACAACUUAAUUUGAAGCGUAGUGCAGAAAUCCUAAUUAACCAAAUAUGUAUUUACCAACAUUAAUACCAUCUUUUUCUCAAAAAAAAAACAUUAAUACCAUCUGUAAUACAAAAAUAUUAAGCAUUUGUAGUUGGUCUUUGUAGGAAUGAAGGUGGAGUGGCCAGAGCUAAAAGGAGUGAGCGGAAUCGAAGCAAAGAAAAAGAUAGAAAGUGAUAAUCCACAUGUGACUGCUUUUAUAUAUCCUGAAGAUGUCUAUCUACCAUCCAUCAAUUGUUGUAAUCGUGUUGUCCUCUAUGUUCCGAGCGACAAUUGCCCCAACGGUCCAGUCACCAACACACCUAUUAUUGGAUAGCCUCAUCCUUUAUGCUUUCUAAAUUUCAACAAUUUUCCUGAAUAAAACAGAAAUAUAAGAGAUAUUUCUACUAUAUAAUCUUGUAUCAUCAAGUUUAUAAUAUGUUUCUUUUACUGAACAAUAAAAACAUUGUUGUGUUUUUUUAUCUUUUACUAAUGUUAUAUCUUUUCUAAACUACUCUUCUUAUCUAGACGAACACUUUUUAAAGUAUUUAGAAUACGUAAAAAAAAUCUUCAAAACAAAUUUGUUAUAAAAAAGAAAAAUUCCAUAAAAAUGCCCUAAAUAAAUUUUGUUAAGUUUUUAAUAUCCAAACUUUUUGUUUUCUAGUUUGAUAACUUAACCAGUUAUUUUGCUUUUAGUACAUUAACUUUUAAACUGUGUUAAUUUUAAUAUCCAAUUUUUCUCAUUUUAAUCAAAUAUUUAUAAGUUUCAGAAUUUUUUUUUUUAAAUCACCAAAAUUCAGGAAAAUCUCUUUACAGUUUUUAAUUUUAUUAAAGUUUUAGGAAUAAGAGAACCUAAAGUAUAAAUAAUCGCAAAAUUUUGGAAGAAUUUUUAAGAUUUUGUUUUCUGAAAUUUUAAACUAAAUGAUCUUUUCAUUCAAAAUCAAGCUUUUAUGAAUCUUAAAAUUUGAUGAAAAAAUGAAUCUUAAAACUGAAAUAUUUUAUUUCCUAAAACUUAAACUAAGACUAUUUUUAAAAAAAUAUUUUUCUUUUAAAUUUUAGAGAUUUUAAACUUUGUUUAAUUUUAUUACUAUUUAUUAUUAAAAUCAACAGAAUUUGAGUAUUAAAAUGAGUAUAGUGUUAAGUUUAAAGUCUUAAAAUGAAAAUAAUUAGUUAAGUAUUAAACCAGAUAGCAAAAAAUUGGAUAUUAAAAACUUAAUAAAAUUUAGUUAGAGAUUCAAGUGGAAUUUUUUCUAAGUAAAACAAAGAAAUGAACCUCUUUGUAUAAAAAAAGUAUUUUUUUGUAUAGUAUAUUAAUAUAUGUAACAUAUAUAUAAAAUUAUCUGGAAAUAAUCAAUUUUCAAUAGGCCACCACCACAUAUUUACACUGUCAACAUUAUAACUAAUAUUUUUGGUUCAGUUUCAUACUUUUUAUUUAUCAACGUGAUGACAAAUAGGUCUCAGACUCUCAGAAUUCUUUUUUUGAUCAAGCAGAAAAGCUUCAAUCUCUCCAUGUUUUGUCUAUGAAAACCGGAGGAGCAUCUUCUCCUGUAUAAGUUGAAGCUCUGCUUGUCCAAUGUGAAGCACCUCCCUUCCAUUAUCAGACAUAACCAUAGACGACCAAGGAGGAUCAGAAACACUCAACUCUUGACUUGGUCUGACGAAUACACAUCCAUUUUAUGAUUUAUGGUAUGCCUCUUAACCUCUAAAAUUCACAUAGACGAGAAAAGGACAUUAAACCACCUACUUUUUGAGUCUGCUCUGCACGCCACCACACAUGACCCUCUACUUACAGAUUCAAGUACCAAGCCGCCAUUCCGGUCCAACUUCUAAAUCUGCAAGCAAAGUGAUAAGAAAUAUAACUACCAUGUCGUAGUUUGGGAGCCGACGAAACUAAAGAGAUAACGGUCUUUUUUUUUCAAUAUCUGAAAACGAAAUUCUAAAUGCUGGCCACCCUUUAUACUUCUACUUCACACGAUUUGUUGCUGUUCGAGAUCCACCUUUAGCCUAAUUAGUUUAGGGUAAUUGCACCCAGUAGACACAAAAAAAAACAAAAUUUACUAACUAACUAAAAACACCCCCUCUCUCCUACUUUCUCUUCCUAUCUCUCUCUACUCUCUAUCUCAAAAUCUAAUUUUUUUUUUUGCUAUUUAGCAAAUAAACCCAUUAAUUUAAGUAUUAUAUUUCAACUAUAAAUCAUUAUCAGUGUUUCAAAAAAAAAAAAAACUAUAAAUCAUUAUCCUCCAAUACUUUUUAAUAUAAUACCAAACCGAAAGAGAAAAA